AUGGAUCGAUAUUGGAUGUUUUUAGAAUUUAUGAAUGCUGGAUGUCUUACUGACAUUAUAGAAAAGGGUUUAUGGAAAGAAUUCAAUGAAUUUGCAAUUCAAUAUGUAGCUUUUGAGAUACUGAAAGGAUUAAGAUAUUUGCAUAAGAAGCAUAUAAUUCAUAGGGAUAUGAAAAGUGAUAAUAUCUUUCUUGAUAAAGAUGGAAAUCUCAAAAUAGGAGAUUUCGGAUAUGCUGCAUAACUAACAUAAGAAAGAAGAAAGAGAAAAUCUAAAAUGGGUACUAUGUGCUGGAUGGCUCCAGAAAUAAUAAAGGGGACUGACCCCUAUUGUGAAAAAGUAGACAUAUGGAGUUAUGGCAUUGUUUUACUUGAGCUAAUUUAAGGUUAGCCUCCUUAUUUCGGUGAAGAUACAUAAAAAAUUUGCCUAUAUAUUCUUACUAAUCAACCUCCUAGAAUAGAUAAGUAAAAGUAUUCCAAAGAAUUAUGUAAUUUUGUUGAGUGCUGUCUUACUAAGGAAUAAGAAUAGAGAUCUUCUGUAGAUGAUUUACUAAAACACCCCUUCAUUUAGAACAUGAAGUAUGAAGAAUGCAAAAAAGCCUAUAUGAAUGUUCUUUAUGAGCAUACAAAGGUAAAUGAAGAAUAAUUUGAUGGAGCUCUAGAAUUUAGAUGA